AAAGUUUUCCAAACACCCAGCAAAACAUAAAGUCAACCUCUGACCGACAUCGGACGAGAAAAGCGCCGUUUUCAUUUUGCGUAAAAAGUUCCAAACGUAUCCAGGUAUGGACAGGUUAGUCAGGUUUGCUGUGGUGUGCGUCGGAGUGUCGCUUCUCAUCGCCUGCCACCCAGUCGAAGCCUGGUAUAAGCAGUCGACCGGGCCCAGUUACUAUUCGGUGGGUCGCGCCUCCGGUUUGCUGUCCGGUAUCAGGAGGUCACCUUACGUCCGGAGGUCCGAGUCCGAGGAGACGCUGCUGGAGAGCGGGGAGACGGCAGGCAACAACGUGAUCCCAGACGCUAACAGGCAGAUAUCCAUCCUGAAAAGCAUGGCAAUCUGCGUAAAGGACAUCUCUCCAAACCUGAAGAGCUGCGAGCUGCUGCGGGACGGGACGGGCACCUUCCAGUGCAAGGCGGAUGUCUUCCUCACCCUGGACUCCCUGGACUGCCUGUCUGCAUAAGACCCCAUCGGACCGGCGGAGACAGUCCCAGUCCUCCGCCGAGCUUUAGGGGCGCUUCUUUGGAAACGAAAAAUUAAGGAAAGGAAAGGGGGGAUGAUGGACCGCUUCAGACUCUGAAUGUUCUCCUAAUU